UAACGUUUGAACGUUAUGGUAACAUUACAUUAUUCGGAUUCGGUACGGAAUAUACAAACAACAUACCUUACUUACCCUGACCGCAGCACGAGUCAACAGAUCAACGAGUUGCACUGUACAACCUGGAAUGACUGGAGUCCGUUCGAUGCCCGGUAUCCGUGCCAGUUAGGUGUGCUUGUCAAGUGCCAGUCGCCGGCAAACCUGGAAGCUCCUCAGCGGCCAGGUACGGCUUCGAUCUUACAACUUGGAAGGCAGCCAACAGUGGGGUGCACAGGACGUGCCUGCGUCUCUUCUGGGUCGCCUGAAUAGGAGCCGAGGUACCUUACCUCAGCUUGCCUACGAUCUGAAUCCCCAAGGUCACUGUCGGGUUGUGGAUGCAUGAAUUAGACUCCCGCUCUCACAUGAAAAAUGUCUGACUUCGACCUCGGGGCGACGUUCAUCCCGGCUCUGCACAAACCCGCUGCGCUGCUGCCAGUUGCCAAGCAUCGCGCGUCUCUUCUCUACCUCAUCGAGACAUAUCCGGUCACCAUCGUGGUGGGCCAGACCGGCUCCGGCAAGAGUACGCAGAUCCCCCAGUUCCUCGAGCAGGCUGGUUGGUGUGCUGAUGGCAAGGUCAUCGCCGUCACUCAGCCUCGCCGUGUUGCCGCCACGACGGUAGCCAUCAGAGUUGCUGAGGAGUUUGGGUGCGAGGUCGGCAAGGAGGUCGGCUAUUCGAUCCGCUUUGAGGAUGUCACCUCGGAGAGCACCCGCAUCAAAUUCCUCACUGAUGGCCUGCUCAUCCGUGAGGCCCUCGUGGACCCCCUGCUCUCGCGCUAUUCUGUAAUCAUGGUCGACGAGGCCCAUGAGCGGUCCAUUAGCUCCGACAUCCUGCUUGGCUUGCUCAAGAAGAUUCGCAAGAAGAGGCCAGACCUGAGAAUCAUUAUCAGUAGCGCAACGCUUCAAGCUGAAGACUUCCGCGCCUUCUUCUCGAGGUCCCAGGAAGUGACUGGGACAGAGACCAACCAGAGCGGGGACGUGGUGUCCAUCAUCAGCCUGGAGGGCAGGACGUAUCCGAUAGACAUCCUCUACCUCGAGUCGCCGGCCGAGGAUUAUCUCGAGAAGGCGAUCUCCACCGUCAUGGAUAUCCACACCAACGAGCCCAAGGGCGAUAUUCUAGUCUUUCUGACCGGGCGGGAGGAGAUUGAUCAAGCUGUCCAGGCCAUUUCCGAACGUUCUUCCCAGCUUCCUCCGGGGUCGCAGUCCAUCCUCCCGCUUCCAUUGUACGCCGGCCUACCGGCCGACCAGCAGAUGUACGUGUUUGAGGAAGCGCCCGAGAACCACAGGAAAGUCAUCUUCUCCACAAACAUUGCCGAGGCGUCGGUGACAAUAGACGGCAUUGUCUAUGUGGUCGACUCUGGCUUUGUCAAGCUCCGGGCGUACAACCCGAAAACCGGGAUCGAAACCCUAACGGCUACGCCAGUCUCCAAAGCAUCUGCCGCGCAGCGUGCUGGCCGCGCUGGCCGCACAAAACCCGGCAAGUGCUUCCGGCUCUACACCGAAGAGGCUUACCAAUCCCUCCCUGACGCCAAUGCUCCCGAAAUACAGCGCUCGAAUCUUGCCCCUUUUGUUCUCCAGCUCAAAGCCCUCGGCAUAGACAACGUCCUGAGGUUCGACUUCCUCAGCCCCCCUCCGGCGGAGCUGAUGACCAGGGCCCUGGAACUGCUCUAUUCCCUCGGGGCGCUGGACGAGUAUGCCAAACUCACGAAGCCCCUGGGGCUGAGGAUGGCCGAGCUGGCAGUAGAGCCGAUGAUGGCGAAAACGCUUCUUUCGGCUCCGUCCUUUGGUUGUCUUAGCGAAAUGUUGACGAUAGCAGCCAUGACCAGCCUGGGCGGCAACAUCUGGAUUCAGCACGAAGGCGAGAAGAAAAAGACAGAGAGCGCGAAGAGAAGGUUCGCCGCCGAGGAAGGCGACCAUAUCACUCUCCUGAACGCCUACCAAGCCUUCGUGACCAAGGGCCGCAAGGAGUCCCGAUUCUGCCACGACAACCUCCUCAACUUCAAGGCGUUGGCACGGGCGGUCAGCAUCCGGGCCCAGCUGAAGCGGUACCUCGAGCGCUUCGGCAUCCCGGUCGACGAGUCCCUGGCGGCGCAGUCAACCUCGACGGCGAAUAAGGCAGAGCAGAUCCAGCGGUGUCUGACCGCGGGCUACUUCGCACACGCCGCGAGGAUGCAGCCCGACGGCACGUUCCGGAACGUCUCCGGGACGACGGUGCUCCACGCCCAUCCGAGCUCCGUCAUGUUCAACCGCAAGGCGGACUGGGUCAUCUUCCACGAGGUGAUGGAGACGGGGGACAAGACGUUCAUCAGGGACAUCACGCGGAUCAAGAAGGAUUGGUUGUUGGAGUAUGCCCCGGAAUUCUACAAGGUCGGCUGAUCAUGGCGAAAGAGAGGCCCGGAGUGUGUCUUCUGUUUACAAUCGGGCUGGGGGGUGAAACAAAAUGCGGAGGCUGCCUCUUGGGUUCGGGAAGCUUGUUGCCGCCCGGAAUGCGAGCGUCAAAAUCACUUUGAAGUUACCAGGAAGCUGUCACUCUGUACAAAUGCUGCAGGCUCAGCGGCCUUGCCCCUGUCUGUCGGACGAUGGAGUUCACAGCUGGCUCGAUUUAAGACCGUCAGGUCGCACCCGCACUGCAGACACGUGGGGAUGAAUACUCUGCACGGGAGCACAAUAUGGUCAACCUAGGCACAGUCCCGUAAUC